AUGCCCUUGACGGUGGCAAGACGCUUGGGUUUUGAAAAGUUCAAGGAAUGUCACUUUUCUUUGAUUCUGGCUGAUAGAUUUGUUAAACUCCCAGUAGGCAUGAUUGAGGAUAUGUCACUCAAGGUGGGAAGUGUGAUUGUGCCAACUGACUUUUUAGUAGUGGAAAUGGAUGAGGAACCCAAAGAUCCAUUAAUUUUGGGAAGACCUUUCCUUUCCACUGCUGGAGAGAUCAUAGAUGUGAGAAGGGGCAAGAUUGAACUGAAUUUGGGUCAAGAUUACAAGAUGGUGUUCAAUGUCAAAGAAGUGAUGAAGCAGCCACCUAUCAAAGGCGAAUCAUUUUACAUUGAUACACUAAGAGCAACUAGCUGA